AUGGCCGGGAUCGAGCCGACGACGGUGGUGGUGGUUGUUCCUGACUCAAGGCGAUGCGAUUUCUUAUCUACACCUUCUGUGAUUUGUCGAUCGCUCGGGGAAUUUGCGUCCUUCGGAGCGACCGAGCGCCUCUGCCGACGCCGGCACUGGGCAGAUCCCGCCUACGAAUCCUAUGCUGUUGGGGGCGGCUACACCUGCAUCGUCCGAGUCAACAACCGGGAAUACCAGACGGAGGACGUUUGCGAAUCGAAGACUCUGGCUGAGGAGAAUGCAGCGAUGCGCGCGUACCUGAUUUGUCGCAACUUCUCUGUCAACGACGGCAUGUAUCCUGCUGGGCAUGAACACAGGGGAGGGCCUAUUCAGGGAAUUCCGGUCGCCAUUGGCACGGGAAGAAAGGGACGCUAUGGAGAUGAGACGGAUAUGUCGACUAGUGGCGAGAGCAGAAGUGGUGGGAGCAGUCCGGAGAGUUGUGAAGGAAGAUUGGAUCGAAGGGGUGUUGGACCGACGAGGGCGCUUGCCUUUGGACAGUAGCAGGAGCUGGAGCAGAUGAUUUCCUUCGGGGAUGAGGGGAUGGAAGCAGAGGGAUACUGGGAUACAUGAUGAUGCUACGAUUUACGACAUGACUUGAAUACCAGAUAGAUCGAAAUGCUUUUCUUUGUUCAUGGAAAUUGUUGGAUGUCGCUUUUAGCGGUGAUGGUAUGGAUAUGGAUGAUGAAGAUGGAAUUGGUCUUAUGGGAACACAGAGAUUGAUUCCAGAUAGUUUAGUUUGUUGUAUUUGUUGAUUGCAUGGGUGGCCAGCGAUCACUAUCUUGGGUGGUG